UCUAAACUCUUGAAAAUUGAGGGCUAUGGGUCAUGGCUAAUGUUGGCCAGCCACGUGGCUGGAACCCAGAACAGAUGAUAAACGAUAACCCAGAAACAGGGGAAUAAUGUAGGAGAGUUUUCGCACUUCUCCCAGCCAUUGUCGCCGGCGGGAAGCUAAGCUAUGUCUUUGACGGUCGGGUUAAAUUGUUGCCGAGUUAGAGCUCUGGGUUACUCCUCCGCUUUACUUCCAUGGCGGCCGAGCAUAGGUUUGAUUACGAUGCCAAAGGGCUGCAGAUUUCGAACUAGGGCUUCUGGGAGACGGAAGGUGUUGAAGAAGAAACAGAGGGAGGAGGAAGAAGCAAAAUCGGAAGCCGCCAUUUCUCUCCAGACUUCUGCCGAUGAACGUUUUUCAGUGGACGAGAAUCCGGCGGAUUCAAAUGUCGGAAUAGUUAACCCUCCGAGGGGAGCUGUGAUUCAAGCUUGCACACUCACUUCUGGGCUCAUUGCCGCCUUGGGAAUAUUACUGCGGCAGGUAUCUCAUGUUGCGGCGGAAGAAGGAUUGCCCGUUGUUGACUGUUCCGAGCAAGUCUCUUUUGGGUUUGAGAUAUGGCACCUUGGAUUGAUAUUUGGAUUGAUUCUAGUAAUAUCCUCAUCUCGAUUCUUGCUACUGAAGACAUGGCCGGAUUUCAGGGAGUCCUCUGAAGCAGCAAACCAGCAGGUUCUCACAUCUCUUGAGCCUCUGGACUACUUACUAGUUGCAUUUCUGCCCGGAGUCAGCGAGGAGCUCCUUUUCCGGGGCGCCUUGCAGCCGCUGUUUGGAAUGGACUUGAAGAGUGUUCUCGCUGUUGCUGCCUUGUUCGGCAUCUUACACCUCGGAAAUGGUCGAAAGUACUCCUUCGCUUUCUGGGCAACCUUCGUUGGCUGCAUCUAUGGCUACGCCACGAUAGCAUCCUCGAGCAUUGUCGUGCCAAUGGCUGCCCAUGCUUUGAACAAUCUCAUUGGAGGGAUCUCAUGGCGCUACAGCAGCCAAUCUUUCAAGGCCUUGAAGUAGUCUAUAACUUGGUUAGACCGACUUUUUUCCUCGAACUUAUAACUAUUAAGAUCUCUCAUUGCUUCCAAUACUAUCUUUUUUUAAAUCAAGGAGCAUUAUUGAAAAGAAAGGCUUCGUCCUUGAAUCAAACCUUGUAUUUGGAAUGUAACAACACUAACACCAGAUUAGAGGUUCUUAUGCUCCUUUUUGGUGGUAACUGAAAAAGGAACAAUAGAAUGUGUAUUAAAAAGAUCUUUUCUUGAAUAUUAAGGAAGGAACUAGCUUGACAAUAAAACAAAAGAGGAGGCAUCAGUAAGUGUGAAAGAAUAGUGAGAAGCCGUUUGAGCUCUCCAAACCGGUCAAGAUAUCCUUCCUUGUUGGUAUUUCCCUUACAGCUCAAAUCAUUAGGAGAAAAAUAAAGUUUCUGCUUCUGA